UCGGACUUUACGGCUGUGUUAUCAAGGAUAAGUCAAUGCCCCUGAAAGAGAAGCAGGAGCGAUGUGGGUUGAAUCAUUUCCCCCCACGCCUUGGUAAGCAGGGGGAAGCAUUGCCACUUUAAGAGUCAGUGGAUGAGACCGAACUGACAGCAGCUCUGUUCCGCCGGGGCAGACCGACACGCCACUCUGGAAGACACACAGAAGCGAAAGGGAGGAUUUUGCACGGGGAGAAUAAAAAUAAUAAUAAUAAUAAAAGCAGUUUGAUUGUACAACGAAGAACGAGUAAGCUGCCGUAGACCAUCACUCGAACGGUAACAGAAAAUCUUUGUCUUCGAUCAACGGGUGCCAAGAUGCCUGUGGCGUCAGCUCAUUCGGGCGAUUCAGCUAUGCAGCAGGUCCUGAACAACUUGAAUGACUUACCAAACUCUACUGGAGCCAAGGAUCUAGACUUGCUCUUCCUGCGAGGAAUCAUGGAAAGCCCAAUUGUUCGGUCACUAGCUAAGGCCCACGAGAAGCUGAAAGACACUCAGCUGGAAGCUGUGAGUGAUAACAACUUGGAGUUAGUGAAGGAGAUCAUCGAUGAUAUAACCCCAAUUGCCAAAGAGAAUGACACUGCAGCAGAACUCUCUCAGAUUCUCCAAGAACCACAUUUUCAGUCACUGCUGGAAGCUCACGACACAGUCGCCUCUAAAAACUACGAAACUCCACCUCCAAGUCCAGAGUCGUUCAUGGACUCCACGUUCAACAAUCAGCCUGUGCCCCCUGAUGCUGUCCGAAUGGUGGGGAUUCGCAAGGUCAAGGGUGAGCAUUUGGUAGGUGCAUUGUGUGGGAGUAUGGGUGGAAAAAGGAAAAAGAAGAUGAUGUAUCUGACCACCAAAAAUGCAGAAUUUGAUCGACACGAGCUUCUAAUCUACGAGGAAGUAGCAAAAAUGCCACCAUUUCAGAGGAAGACGGUUCUUAUUGGGGCACAAGGAGUCGGGAGAAGAAGCUUGAAGAACAGACUCAUCAUGUCUGAUCCAAUGAGAUUUGGAACCACCAUUCCUUUCACUUCACGGAAACCGAAGGAGGAUGAGAAUGACGGACAUAUUUAUGCCUUCGUGUCUCGUGCUGAAAUGGAGAACGACAUCAAGAGCAGCAGGUAUCUUGAACACGGUGAAUACGAAGGGAACCUUUACGGAACAAAAAUCGAUUCCAUUCACGAGGUGGUUGAAUGUGGAAAAAUCUGCAUCCUGGAUGCAAACCCACAGGCACUGAAGGUUCUACGGACAUCUGAAUUCAUGCCUUACGUGGUAUUUAUUGAGGCUCCAGACUUGGACACACUUCGAGCAAUGCACAGGGCAGCUAUUGAUGUGGGAGUUACAACAAAACAAUUAACUGACACAGAUUUGAAGAAAACUGUGGACGAGAGCUCCCGCAUCCAGCGAGCAUACAACCACUACUUCGAUCUCACCAUUAUGAAUGAUAAUCUUGACAAGGCCUUCCAAAAGCUUCAGACAGUCAUGGAGAAACUCUGCAUAGAGCCCCAGUGGGUGCCUGUGAGCUGGGUCUACUAAUGUUCUUCCAAAGAGGUAGAGAAAUAUGUUUUACACAGAGCACCAUUAACUUUGUAGAAAAAGUCCCUUAGAUAUAAAGGGACACCAAUUUGGACAAGUCAUAAGGAGGCAACGCGUCAUGCUUCUAACCAAUAUAUUUGUGCCAAUCAACAUUAAAUCUUAAAUUAAAUGGUUAUGAAAGGAAGGGAUGGGAAUGCUCCCAUGUUACUUUUAUGAUUUUGUUGUUCAAACAAUUAUGAAAUGGGCAAAUUCCAUUGGCAUUGGUGUCCAGUUUGUUGAUUUAUGGCAGAUUCUGCUAGAUUAUAUCAAUUUAAUUAACAAGAUAAAACAUUAGAUACAUAAGAACCUGCAGAUGCUGGAGUCUUGAGUAAAACUCAAAGUGCUGGAUUAACUCAGCGGGUCAGUGGAGGGAAUGGACAGGU